CGAUAAUCGGAAUGGCAGUGGGGAACCGUCGCGGGAUGUCGACUCUACCGUCGGAGUUUCCACACGUCUCUCGGAGCAAGAGUCCUAUGUUCUCUAUUCGACUCCCGGUGGAAUUUCUACGGCAGGCCACGGUGGAGGACGAGAAACUGUUUCAACAGUGCUGCUGGUGCUCGUCCCGGCGGGCAGGAACUCUUCGCGUGGACGGAAUGGUGAUAUUAGCUUUCUGGAAGAAACCCGAAUCUAACGUUGGUGAUUGUUAUAUUUGGAUGCGGUGGCGUAAAACUAUGCUGACUUCAGCGGAGAUGAAGGGCUUGGGCCGUGUUUUCGUCUUCAUUUGGCAGGUAACUGAAAUUUUUGGAAAACAGUUCUUUCAUGAGUUCAUCCAUUGUAUGACGAAUAAUCCCAUCACUAUCUAGACUUAACUCCAAUCAUCGGGCACCACUUAGAGCCCUUGACCUUUUCUUUCUGCAUUUUAAUACUCUUCAACUUCUGAUUGAGUUGAAUAAAUGGCACUUGUUAAUCCAUUCCUCAAAUCCCAGCAACCCAGCUCUCCAAGACAUGAUAUUAUUGAUGGCUUGAACUUCUGAUCGAGUUCAAUCAAUGGCAAUUGUUAAUUCAUAAUUGUAUAAAACCCAACAACCCAGUUAGGCUACGCAUUGUAUAUUGCGACCCUUCACCAGCUGCUCAUCCACAUUUAGUCUUUUGUCAAAUUAAUGGUAAUCAAAGACAUCUUAAACAUAGCUGCUUCAUCCAAAUUCUAUCUUCUUUGUAUCUUUCGAUCCUGAUCUUGAUAUACGGAAUUUGUUAUGUUGCAACCAGUUUCAGGUGAGACCCUUCUCUUGAUUCCUACCAUUUGAGCUAGGUUACUUUCUUCCUGCAAUAAUAUGGUCCAUGAAUGUGAAAUUAGUUAAGAAGUCUGCAUGUGCCUUAUCUUCUCAAGUCUUUUACUUGUGUUUUGAUCAUUAGGGAAGCAUGAUUUAGUUUGAAUGUGAGUAUACCGUUCCGAUGAAUCCGUACUUCAUAGUAUUUUUCUCUAGGAAUCCUAUUAGUUUUUAUGCUGACGCGUUAAAAACUUUGCUCUUGCAUGUGAAAUAUUAUUUGUUCCAUGCCAUCAGCAUCAAUGGUUGCUGGAAGUUCACUAGGAGCGUCAUCAACAUCACCAAAAUCACGUCAACCUUACCAUGUGUUUCUCAGCUUUAGAGGGUCCGACACUCGUAAAAACUUUACUGAUCACCUUUACCAAGCUUUGACAUGGGCGGGGAUCCGCACAUACAGGGACGACGAUGAGAUUGAGAGAGGAGAUGAUAUUGUGCUGGCGAUUAAUAAGGCAAUAACAGAGUCCCGAUUGUCAUUGAUUGUGUUUUCACCAAACUUUGCCUCUUCUAGUUAUUGUCUUGAUGAGGUUGUGAAGAUUAUGGAAUGUAAAGAAAACAACGUGCACACGGUUGUUCCUAUCUUCUAUAAUGUGUCACCAUCGCAAGUCUCGGAAGAGUCAGGGACUUAUGUUAAAGCAUUAAGAAGACAUGGAAAUGUUGAGAGAGUGGACAAAUGGUGGAAAACCCUUAAAAAGAUAACAGAUCUUGGAGGCAUGGUUUUGGGAGACAGGCAUGAGGCUGGUUUUAUUCAAGAAAUUGUCAAAAAAGUCGAUCGCAGAUUGAAACGCAUAAAGCGGCCUGUUCCGUCCUACGUAAUUGGGAUAGAAUCUCAUAUUGAAGCCAUUAACAAGUGGGUAGCAUAUGAGUCUAGUGAUGUGGAUGUUGCGAUCAUCUCUGGGGUUGGUGGAGUUGGGAAGACUAUAAUCGCUAACAUUGUCUUUAAUAUGAACAUUGAAACUUUUGAUGUCUGGAGUUUUCUUCAGGAUGUUGAUGAAACCUCAAAACACCAGGAUGGGUUGGUUAAUUUACAGAGGAGCCUGGUGUAUGAUAUCUCCAAAGGAGCCCUCGUGGACUACAAAGGCAUUGACCUUGAGCAUGUUACAUGCAACAAAAGAGCCCUUGUUGUGCUUGACAAUGUUGAUACCUGGGGUCAACUCUUUGCUAUUCUAAGCAAGCCUCAAUACCUCCACAAGGGGAGUAAAAUAAUCAUUACAACCAGAUGUAAAGAGUUGCUCAAGAAACCUUAUGGAGGAGCUUGUAAGACGUUUUGGAUCAAUGGACUGGGUAAGGAUCAUGCACUCGAACUAUUUAGUUGGCAUGCCUUUGAUAAACCCAAUCCUGACGAGGGGUAUGUAGGUUACUCUGAGCAAGUAGUGCAACACUGUUCUGGGCUUCCUCUGGCACUUGAAGUGUUGGGCCUUUGUUUAUCAGAUAAGGAUAUGCAGUUGUGGGAAGUAGCAGCACAAGAACCAGAAACAAUUGAUGGUUCCACAAGGAUAAGGAGGACGCUUCAAAUAAGCUAUGACUCUCUAGAUGAGCGUGACAAAAUCUUAUUCCUAGACAUUGCUUGCUUCUACAUUGGAAGGGAAAAGGAUUCUGUUGUGAAAAUGCUACAAAGUAAAUUUGGUUAUAGACCACUUGGCAUUCAGGAGCUUAUCAGUAGAAGCCUUAUAUCAAUUGGCGAGUCUAACAGAUUGACAAUGCACCAAUUGAUUAGAGACAUGGGGAGAGAAAUCGUCCUCCUUAGAUCGAUUCAAUCUAUUGAAGAUCCUGGAGAACAAAGUAGACUGUGGCGCUAUAAUGACGCGAUCAGGGUAUUGAAGAGAGAUACUGGAGAAAUAGUGAGGAGCCUUAUCCUUGACCCGCCACUAGCAUAUGAAGUGGAAGUGGAAGCCUUCGCAAAAAUGAGAAAGCUGAAGCUGCUUCAUUUAAACAAUGUAAAUCUUCAUGGAAACUAUAAGGGUUUCCCACAGAGUUUGGUCUGGUUGUGCUGGGAAGGAUUCCUUCUUCAGUCUAUACCUGGUGAAGUUUCCCUGGAGGAUUUGGUUGUUCUUGAGAUGAGAAACAGCAAGAUCAGAAAUGUCCACGACAGUGCAUGGAUUCUACCCAACUUAAAAGUGCUUGAUCUCAGUCACUCAUGCAAUCUUAUUGCAACUCCAGACCUUUCCCGUUUCCCAAAGCUUGAACGGUUGAUACUAAGAUGUUGCACAAAUUUGGUUGAGAUACACAGUUCCAUUGGAGGUUUGGAGCGGUUAUCCUUUCUAGAUGUGAGCUAUUGCACCAGUCUUAGUAAGCUUCCACUGGGAAAUGGUGAUUUGAUGUCCCUAAAGGAACUUCAAAUGUCAGGUUGCCCAGGACUGGCUGAACGGUACUCUCUAGAUUCUGACAAAAUGGAAUUACCUGUGCGAAAAAGAAUGAGGAGAACCUCUAGUUUGGUUUCUGGUUUGCCACAUUUCUUGGUAUCCAUAAGUCUCUGCAGGUGCAAUAUGCAUGCUUUCCCUGAAGAUCUAAGUUCCUUGUCUUCACUCAAGUUCUUACACCUAAAUGAGAACCCGCUUACUUGUCUUCCAGAGACAAUCAAAAGCCUGAAAAUGUUGUUAGCCCUUUCGCUUUUCCGGUGUGACAAGCUCGAAUCACUUCCUGAGCUGCCUUCAAGUGUACAGUCAGUGAUGCUCUUUGGGUGUUCCUCCCUGAAAAGGAUAACGAAUCUGCCACAUUUAUACUCAGAGACUGGCAUCCAAGUAUUCAUUAUUGCUAUGUCUUGUGGUCAAUUACUCGAAGUCAGAGGCAUUUUCAAAGUGGAACCACUUCGAGACACCGAGUUUUAUAUUAUGAGGGCUGGUUUACUUGGGAUUUCACUACGUCUCGCUGUGGAGCCAUCUCCUAGCAGUGAAACGAUACUGUACAAUCGUUUCACGUGGGUGAAGACGUCGUUACAGCAGCCACAGAUACUGUACGAAUUCGGGAUGUGGAGCAUUUUCUUUCCAGCACAGUGUUGGGCACUUCCAAGUGCAGCGAGGGCUGAGUUCAUCUCAGUUGAUGUUCCACCGAAAGAUGGCCACAACUUAUUGGGCUUGAAUCUUAUCAUUGCAUACAGAAAUGUAUCACUUGUACCCUCAGGACUAUCAAUUACUUUGGAGAUCAGUAAUGAGACCAAGUCUCUGAAGUGGACUUACAAACCCAUCGUUCUAGGAAUCUGCGAUGGACCCAACAAUAUCAUGCUAUGGCUAAGCCGUUGGACAUUUAGGAAUCAGGUUGAGACGGGAGAUCGACUGAAGAUCGGAGUCCGUGGAGACAGGGGUGUGGAGAUACUGACCUCUGGUGUCGUGUUGGACUUGAAGAAUGAACUAGUGGUUGAGGGAAGAGCCUCUUGUGCAGUCAGAGCUCUCUGUGAUGUGGAUAUAUCAGCCUAUGAAGUUGCGCGAGGUACAUAUGAGCUGGACAAUUCUCUGGACCGACAGCUACAGCUCCUCAUCAUGCAGGCUCACAAUAACCCACACCGACCUGACCGGUCCGAUCGGUUGGACCGCAGUCAACGCGAAGUUUUUGCUGAUGUUAAUGCUUGGAUUGGGCAAGUGUCAUUUAUGCUGAAGGCCGUCGAGGACGAGGCCUCGAAUGACGGAUCAACUAGUACAACACUAUAGUGAAUCCUACCUCUGCAAGGAUUUGGAGUUUUGGGAAGGCUUUGGUCUUCCUCUCUACCGUUUUGCUGAUACUUGGUUUACUUGUGUUGUCGUUUGGGGAUACUGCUACUUACACAGGCCAGUUGCCCACAUGACGUUUGGCUCAAUUUACUUAUUCCAAAGAGAAAGAAAAUGAUUGAUGAUGAUGCCAGGUCUGGGUACUGAUGCAGAAGGGGAUCAAAAGACGGUUGUUAAGUUUGAUUUGAUGUGUGAAUGCAUGAAUAUGCUUAUGGCGAUGGAUGUGAUCAUUUUUUUGCAUGUUAAGCUCUUGGACUUGUGUAAGUGGGACGGCGCAAGGGAGAGGGAAAUAAGCUUCGCUUGGGCGCAAAGCAUUAUCAUAAUACUUUCAUAAUGAAAGGAAUUACUUUCA